CUGCCCUGCCUUCACUGAAACUCGAAAGCUUGCCACUGCCUGGAGUGACGUUCACUUCACAAACCCAUCACUCCAUCCAGGCCCAUCGUCUCUACAUCUCACUACACAUCUCUUCUUCUCAUCCUCAUCCCUCCCACCUGCCGCCAAACGGCCCCGCCAUCAAUAUGAAGCUCACCUUCAAGGACCUGAAGCAGCAGAAGUUCACCAUCGACGCCGAGCCCAGCGAGACCAUCGGUGCGGUGAAAGCGAAGAUCAGCCAAGAGAAGGGAUGGGAACCGGCGACGCAGAAGCUCAUCUACUCGGGCAAGAUCCUUCAAGAUGACAACACCAUCGAGUCGUACAAGAUUGAGGAGAAGGGCUUCAUCGUCUGCAUGACCUCCAAGCCCAAAGCACCUCCCGCGCCCAAGCCCGCCGCUCCUGCUGCUGAGCCAUCUACACCAGCUCAGGUUGUUUCGACUCCCGCCGCCCCCGCCGCCCCUGCACAAACGACGACGACCACCGCGGCAAACCCUCCAGCUUCGCCCUCGCCGGCCCCGCCGUCCGCCCCGACCACCACCCGCACAACCGAAUCCAGCAACUUCAAUGAUCCUUCCGCAUUAGCCAUGGGCGAGCAGCGUGCCGCCGCCAUCGCCAACAUGGAGGCCAUGGGCUUCCCCCGUGACCAGAUCGACCGUGCCAUGCGUGCCGCAUUCUUCAACCCCGACCGAGCGGUUCAGUAUCUGCUAGAAGGCAUUCCGGAGAAUCUUCAACAAGAGCAGGCGGCACAGCAGCAGCAACAACAACAAGCGCAGUCACCCCAACAGCGCGGUGUGGCUGCGGCUGGCGGCAACACAGCGACGUCCCCUCCCCCUGCUGAUGUGGGCGGUGACGAGCCGGUCAAUCUCUUCGAAGCCGCAGCGGGUAGAAAUACCGGAGGCGCAGGAGGUGGGCUUGGAGCCGGGCUCGGAGCUGGGCUGGGAGGAGGCGCUAGAAGCGGCGGAACACCAGGCAGCGGAGGUGCGGGAGGUGGUGCAGGCGGUGCUAAUAACCUCGACUUCCUCCGCAACAACCCCCAGUUCCUGCAAUUGCGUCAGGUCGUGCAGCAGCAGCCGCAGAUGCUCGAGAUGAUUCUCCAACAAGUCGCCGCGGCCAACCCGCAGCUCGCUCAGAUCAUCACCCAGAACCCGGAACAGUUCAUGCAAUUGCUUGCCGAAGAUGGUGGUGACGAAGACGUGGCCUUGCCUCCCGGUGCUCAGCAGAUCUCGGUGACGGAGGAGGAGCGGGAGGCGAUCGAGAGGUUAUGUCGUCUCGGCUUUGAGCGCGACAUGGUGAUUCAAGCCUACUUCGCCUGCGACAAGAACGAGGAGCUGGCGGCCAACUUCCUGUUCGAGCAGCCGGAUGAGGGUCCAGAUGACGCUCCUGGCAGCUAAGGGUGUGAGCAGGUGAAACUCGUGCCCUGAUGGAGAGAGGAAGAGUUGUCUACGCUCGCCCGCAGUUCCAACUUUCACUUACAAAAGCACGAGAGUGUACUUCAAGCAUGUUGUGAUUGAGACUCUCACUACUACUAGUCUGCAUACGGCUGCGAUACCAGGGCUGCGAGGAGCGUAGGCUCAGGCUGUGUGCAAUGGAUGAGGCAGAGAUUGAUAGUUAGCUUACGCUAAUACGAUCGUGAACGUUCCGUAGCA